AUGGAUUUCAUCACGACCAGUUCCCUGCGUGCUCUGAUUGAGUUAAAUUUCCAACGCAACUGGAACGGCCUAAUUUGGAUGAGUAGAAAAGGAGUUAUAACCAAAAGGGUGAAGACUGUCCAGACGGCUCUAUCGAGAAAGCAGCGCCCAACCGCGCAGUCCGGCUGGCCGAGAAACUAUUGUUUCGCGCUCGGCCAAAAUCAUAUCCGUCCGUCUGAAGUCUCGGCCAAAGUUCGAAGUCAACCGGCCGAUCACAAAUCGCGACCCGGGGAAUUUUGCCCCGCGGUCGGCCAAGCCACCAUCACGUCACGCCACGCCGCGCACGACCAUGCCGCGCGAGCCGGUGAACAAAGCCUCGCGGCUGCGCAACUGAUGAAAGGUAUUUGCGGUGGAUGUGUGAAAAGAUAUGAAAUGAGAUGGUGGAAUGCAACAGUGCUCGAUCGAGUUGAAGCUUGGCCGGUCGAGUUGAGGAACUCGACCGGUUGGUCGAGUAGACGGUCGAGCUGGUCUUCAAGAUGGCUUCUCCCUUCUUCCUUUGCGUAUCCAGUUGAGCUGCUUCCAUGUGCCAAGUCCCUCCAUGCUCCUCAUGUCCCAUAUGCUCCAGAAUGCUCCAAAAGACCUAUUUCAAAGGACCAAACAUGCAUAUAACUUCCUAGGGAGAGGCUUCUUGAGUGCCCCCCAAAGAACUGGGAGGCUAGGUCGUGGUCUGGAGAUGGGAGACGGCCAUCAGGAGCACUCCAUGCAACUGGGUUGCCUCUUGUGCUCACUCGAUCGAGCUUGCGGCUCCUCUUCUCCUCUUCUUCAUCUCAAAGUGGUGUGGCUUCCUUGGCCUUGGUGGAGCAUGGCUAG